AUGUCUUCACUCUAUCGCCGUCUGCGUACAAUCUUCAAUACUCCCAAAACCACCUCUACCGCCACCAUCCCCCCUUCCACAGUAAAUACUAAAGAGCGCAAGCUUCAAAAACUGGUUCAAAGAUACAAAAGAUCAUCCGAGUCCCCUGAAUUUCGAGCACGCCAUAGAUUCUAUUCAACUAUUGUACGUCGCUUAUCAUUUGCCAAACAGUUUUCCAUGGUUGAAGAUUUCCUUGAACAUCAGAAAAACUUCGCAGAUAUUACCAACGAACAAUUCACAAUCCGCCUUAUCUCUCUUUAUGGGAAAGCUGGAAUGCUUGAUCACGCACACAGACUGUUCGAUGAAAUGCCUGACUUGAAGUGCACACGCACUGUUCGCUCCUUUAAUGCUUUAUUAUCUGCUUGCAUUGACUCUGGAAAGUUUGAUAAGGUACAGGGUUUUCUGAGGGAUUUUCCGGUUAAGCUAGGGAUAACCCCUGAUGUGGUUUCGUUUAAUAUUGUUAUCAAGGGUUAUUGUGAAAUAGGUAAUCUUGAUUCUGGCGUUUUAGUGCUUUGUGAGAUGGAGAAGAGGGGUAUAGAGCCAGAUUUAAUUACGUUUAAUACACUUUUAAAUGGGUUUUAUGGGAAUGGGAGGUUUGUUGAUGGAGAAAAGAUAUGGACUUUAAUGGAAAGCAAGAAUGUCGUUCCUAAUGUUAGGAGUUAUAACUCAAGGUUACGCGGAUUGGAGUUAGAAAAUAGAGUGAUGGAAGCAGUUGAGUUGUUAGGUGAAAUGGAAAAUAAGGGAAUUAGACCGGAUGUUAUGAGUUAUAAUGCAGUGAUUAAAGGGCUCUGCAAUGACGAGAAUGUUGAGGAAGUAAAGAACUGGUAUAGAAAGCUAAAAGAAAAUGGUCGUAUGCCAGAUAGGGUCACGUAUAUGACGCUUAUUCCGUACCUUCGACAGAAGGGUGACCUUGACGGGGCUGUUGAACUGUGUAUUGAGAUUAUGAACAAGGGUCUGCUUGUUAAUGCAACCCUGUUCCAGCAUGUAGUAGAUGAGUUGGUUAAGCUACCAAGGGUUGAAGAAGCAAAGGACCUCGUGGAACGGGGGAAAUCAAAUAAGCAUUCUUAUAAAUUGAGUUUGCCUUUAGAUAAGUAG